AUGGACGCGUCUUCACAAUUUGCGUCCGUCUCAAUCACGAGGACAAAGGACUUCAGUUGGGUCUUUUUUGCGGAUUGGUUCCUCACCUAUUUCCUUGCAAUAGGAAUCAUAUUCUACUUUAGUAGAUUUAUUGGUGUUUUCGUAUCAUAUGCUCUGAGAGUUCUCCUAUGGAAGACUAAAAAGAUUAAAAUAGAUGUCCAAUCAAUCAAGUUAUCGUUCCUCGGAGGAAGAUUAUUCUUUAGAAACUUUACGAUGAUAGAUAGAGAUCAAACGAUAUGUGCAUUACAAGGUUCUAUAACAUGGAGAUAUUGGAUACCCAGAGUGAGGAAAACAGAACUAGAACUACAGAAUGGAGACCCAGAUGGGAAUAUUGAAUUGAAUUCCAAACUGCCCUGUCGGAUAAUAAUAGAAGUGGAUGGGUUAGAGGUCUUUGUUUACAAUAGGACAGUUUCUUACGAGAAUAUAAUGUCUCAGCUAUCAGCUCAAAAGAAUACCCGUGAAAACAAAGAAGAUGAUAAGGCCAACUAUGACGUUUUCUCAAAUUCCACUAGUGAAAGUACUAUACGGCCUGAUGAAAGAGAAACUGCAAGCCCGAGCUCCUUUUUAAUGAAGAUCUUACCAAUUAAAUUGAAAGUUAACAAAGGUGCUAUUGUUGCUGGUAAUAAAACGACACAGGCAAUAUUGGUGGUGUCUUAUGCUACAGGUGAUGGUAUCAUUGAUCUUUUGAAGGCUGAUAAUCCAUUAGAUGAAUUUCGUCAGUCUUUUCAGAUUGAUUUUGAGAGGUUACAAGUUGCUUUGAAACCAAAUAUUUCUUACCAAGGUGAAAAAAGUGAAAGCUCUGGCUUGUUUUUCCAAAAGCCUAGCAAGAAAAAAUACGCAAACAGAUGGAUGUUGUACAGGUCAUUGAUCAACCUUUGGAAUAUUGUCAUUCAUAAACAUAAAGAAAAAGGACAACAGGCUGAAUGGAGAGGUUUAGCUCAAUACAUUGAUGCUGAUACUGAAUCAAUCAAUAAUGUAAAAGAAAGAGAGCAUGAAUAUGGUAAAUAUACCAAUAUUUUGGAUUCAGAUUUUUGCAGUGUCGAGUAUUAUUAUGAUUUGCCUGGUCCGGUACCAGUGGAUGCACCACCAACAAACCCCCUUGAUGGAUUAGAUAUUGGUAAUGGUGGCUCUUCUCCAAAAUUUGGGAUGAAUGUGAAAUUAUCUAAUUCCACAAUUUUUUAUGGUCCUUGGGCUGAGCGUCAAAGACAUUCAUUACAUCAAAUGUUAUUUCCUACUUUAUGCAGAGAUGGUGUACCACAGGGAAAGCUGAAACCAGGAAAGCUUAGAAUCUAUACACAAUAUCAACUAUUUGUUGAAAUCAUGGAUGAAGCAAUUAUUAGAGUUCCAAUUCGCGAAUUCAGUAAGAAUGAGGAAUUUGCUAAGAUUGCCAAAGAAGCACCAGAUUUGAAGAGACCGUUCGGCUGGAUUGAAUUGAAAAUGGAUAAAGGCUCAAUAAUUAAUGUCAAGACUGGUCUGAUUGCUUCAAAUAGUGGUUAUGAUAACAGAAUGACCAUGACACUGCAAAAUUUGGAAGUUAGAUCUAGUGUCAAUCAUGAUAUUAUGAUGAGGUGUAAAGAACAUGUGAUUACUGCUGAUAUUGGAUACCCAUUGAGAUGGAAUGGACAUACAAUCUGGACUUUUUUGAAUGAAUCCAAGAAUGUUGACACCUUUUUCUUGAGAGAACACAUUACUUUGUUAUCUGACAUGUUUACAGAUUUUGCUUCAGGUCCUGCAACCCCAUAUGAGUUAUUCCGUCCAUUCACUUAUGUCCUUGACUGGAAAGUAUCCAAAUAUGCAAUUUAUAUGAAUGUUAAUGACGCAAACAUCAUUAAUAACCCGUUGGAUUUCAAUGACAAUAUUUAUCUUUCAUUUCAAGGUGACACUUUGGAUAUCAAUGUACAUAUCCCACUGGAAGCUGUUUUGAGGAAGGUAAACACAAUUUCUUAUACUUUAAGUACACCUCAGCUGUCAAUGAUGCUUGAUACUCCCCCAUGGCAUACAUUGAAUAAUUUCUUGGAGCAUAAAGAAGUUGGAAGAUCGAAAGAUUUUAAAAUCGAAGGUUCUUACACCUAUCACUCAGAAGUUGGGUUAGACUUGGUUGACACAAUCAUAAUUGGUUGCAAGGGAAAAUACAUGGUCUUGAAAUGCUAUGGAUUUGUUGUCAAGUACAUUAUUAGCAUAAAGGAAAACUAUUUUGGUGAUUUUACAACAUUCAAAACAUUGGAGGAAUACACUCAGUUAUUCAAUGAAGGCAACGAAAAUGACAAUUCACAGCAAGAAUCUACAAUAGACCAAGAAGCUGAAAGAAAAAGAGCUUUUAAAAGGAUUGAAAAUGAAAAAGAUGUUCAUUUUUCCUUUGACGUCGAAGAAGGGCGCUUGGUGUUGCCAUCAAAUAUUUAUGACUGUUCGUCCAACAUGUCUUUGUUUUUCAGUACUUUAAAUAUGGACUUAAGGUUUACAAACUAUUAUAUGGAUUUUGAAGCGGAUAUCACACCAGCUAAAGGUAUUUAUGUGGACAAGUGUGGCCCUCAAUCGGUUUUGGAUUUUAGAGGCUAUGAAUCUUUGGAAAGACAUGAUUUGUUUAUUGAUGGGUUAGCUAUUCAUGGUCAUAGAAUGUUUGGUUUGCCACCUGACGAAUUGAAAUACUUUUGUAAAUGGGAUCUGGCCCCAGGUGAAGUUGACUUUACUGGCCGUGCCGAAGCUUUAGAAGGUUUGAUAUCAUCCGUUAUUAAGCUCGGGUUUGGUUACAAAAAUCUUGAGAAUAAUUUGUUAAUUGAUGAGCCUGAGAUUCAUGAUGUUACUUCUGUUUCUUUAGUGUUACCUAAAGUGCACAUAAAGCUUGAUGACCCUCAAAUAGAUUCAACUGUGGUUUUGGAACUCUCAAAAAUCAGCUUUUUCUUUAUUGAUGUUAGCAAUCCAAGAUAUACAGAAAGGGCUUCAGCGGUUGUCGAAAACAUAUUACUGAAUAAUGAUUUUGCUAUUGAGCGUGCCAAACAAGAUGAUCACGUCCUACAGCAUGAUGGACCAUUCCACAGAGUUCCAUUUUUCUUAAGGGAAGAAUUGAGAAACGCUGAAUACAAUGGAUUAUAUGGUGCGAUUGUUCCAAGUUUUUCGAUACCGGAUGGCUCACCACCAAUAACAUCAGAUACAAUUGAUAUGGUAUUUGAUGAUCUUGGACUUGAUUCAGAUCCGAUCACAGAUGACAGUUCUUCAGAAGCAUCAUCAAUGAAGUCACAGGAUACUAGCAUGGAUUUUUUCCAGGAUUUCAAGUCUGAUUUCUUAAAAUCGCCAGGAGGAAAACCUCAAAAGAACAACAGGAAGAAGAAUUACUUCAAGACGGUUGCCGGCUCGUACAUCAAUCCUACUGGAAACUAUCGUGACCAAGAUUUCACUCCAUCUUACACAGCAGAUCCCAAUUAUGAGUACGAUAAUUUCAUUUUGAAUUUUGGGGAUAUUGAUGUUACUGCUGCACCAAACUCUGUUUCGGAUCUUUUGAAAUUUGCUGACCAAUAUUUGACUAGAUCUAUGAUAGCUGUUCUUGAUGAUCUUCAUAUUGCUGUUUUGAAAAAGUUGCACUUGUUGAGGAAUAUGAAGCCUGCUGUUAAAAAUAUUAGACUGGUUACACCAAAAGUUAGCUUGAACUUUGGAGACUUUGCAUGGGAUCCCAAAUCUGAACCAUCGUUCAAUCUAGAUCAUCUGGGUGUUGUUUUGGAGAAUCCUUCAUUGGCUUGUUCGUUCACUAAAACGACGGAAAAUACAGAAGAAGCUGUUAUUGCAUUACAUAUCUUGAAUACAGUGGUUGGAUUAUACGAAGCGAAAGAUAUGUCUCCUUUCAAGUUGACUAUGGAAGAUUUGGAAAUUUGGCUCAACAAAACUACAAAGAAAACAGAAUCCGCUUCAUUGAGAAAAUUUGAUGUUGAAUUACAAUCAGAUAAGGUCGAGUGGCUGAAGGCUUUCAUAGAGAACCUUAUCAACAGUGGAUCUAGUUUAUUGACCGAAGCUUUGAGAAUCAAAGAUAAUGUUAAAAAAUCUGAGAUUGAGUUGCUAUAUCAGAUUAGUUUGGCAAGUACAAUUUUCAAGGUUGAACAUGACCCAGCUGUGAUCACUAGACCUGCAUAUAUCAUUAGGCUUUCUAGACAGCAUAUCAGGGCAAAUGAUAGUUGGAAAAUUAUUACACGUCUAAGACAUAUCUAUGAGAACUUACCAGAGCAAUGGAUAAAUGAGCAUCAGCAGAUAUUUUUACAGAAAAACUUUCAAGCUCCUGAUACUGCUGAGAAUGACGUGGUUGAUGUGUUUUCCAAGUGGAGAAGCUGGGAAUUUGAUGAUAUGGAGAGAACGUAUAUCUUCCGUUAUGUGUUCUCAAAGAUUUUACAUGAGGCUCUGAUGAAUUCAAUUUUUGAGUGCUCAGUUGAAGAUGCUAUGGUGAAGUUAUCUGCCCAUGACUGUGAUCAUGAUUUUAUUGCUCUAGAUUUCUUGGAGGUUUCAGGGACGAAAUCGUUUGUUGAGGCUCUAAAUUCUUCAUUAAGUGGGUAUGACAACUCAAACUCUACCAGUGUGAGAGUUGCUCUCAUAAGAGGAAAACUCAGUCCUUUGACUCAAGUGCUGAAAAGCUUCAAAGACAUGAAAAUGAAUUUUACAAAACCAUCUGAUGAUUCACCAGCAUCUGUAUCAGACUCAGAGACAAAGGAUAAUUUCGGAAAGAAAGUUGCUCAGUAUGCUUUAAUUGUUGAUAGUUAUGACUUCAAAAUAGAUUUAUACACCAUCAGUGCUGGAAUAUCUGGUUCAGAGGUUGCUUUAACUGCUUUGCAUAGCUUGAAUGACAAAAAGCAAGAUAUCACAACUACCUUUGAUUCGAAGCGGUUUACACUGGAGGUGAGAACAGAUAAAGCCCCAAGUAUUACGUAUACUAUUUCCAACUUUGGAUUCAAUGUUUCUUCUGCUAAUGAUUUUAAAGCGGGACCAAAAGUUUUAGAUGUUCACGCGGCCUCAGCAAGCUUUGUUAUGCAACAAGGUACUGAUCAUUAUACUACUCUUUUAUGCAACGUGAACGAUGAUCUACAUAAACUCAAGCUGGCUUUUGUUUAUGAAGGUUCUUCGAAGCGUGAAGUUCUUCAAAGUUCCUCAAAAAGCACAUUAUGGCAAGAAAUUAAUUCUGCAACUGCCAGGCUCAAAGUCAAGAAGUUGUCUUGGAAUAUGUCAGUUGUUGAUCCAUUAUCAAUAGUAGGAUCGAUGGAGAAUUAUGAAGUGAUGGUUUCCCUUGCUAAUUUUAAAGUUGUCAAUGCUCUGGAUUUAUCCUCUUUUACAAUGUCCAUUAAAAGCAAAGAACUUGAAAUCUUGAAGUUGAGCUCAAAAAGCUUGAGCUUAGUCUCUAGGGCAGUUUUUGAAUCUAAAAAGGUGAUGGAGAUUUUGGUUCACUCAGGCUCAACUGUUUUGCUCAUACCUGAUAUUCUACCUCUUGCUAAACAUGUGAAUCAGACCAUCAGUCAAGCAAAAUCAUCUGUUUCGAGAUUGAAAAACGUAUUACAAAUGCUCAAAGACUCGAACAAGUCUAAUGAUCUCAACACAUCUACUGUACCAACCAAUGUGAAUAUCGAACCAAUUGAUAUGCUGAAAAAGAUUUCGUUUGUGAGUGACACAUUUUUAGUUGCUGUCAAAGUGGCCAACUCAACCUAUGGUAUUGAUCUGAAAGGUAUUAGCUGUUCGUUUCAAGAUUUUGACUCAUUUGAUGUUGGUCCAAUGAAAGUGAAGCCUUUCGGUAGCUUUGAGGUUGAAAGUACAAAGCUUGUGAUUAAAGAUAGACAAAUUGCUAGUCACAUUUCAACAAUCUUUGAUGUCAACUUUGGACUAAAAGUUUUCAAUUCUUAUCAAGAUGAUGCUGUUUUGCAGACUUUACAAAUUGAGUCUGCUUAUUGUCGUUUGAUGCUACACCCAAGGACGAUUGUGAAGAUGAUUGAGUUUGGGCACGAUGUGUCUUAUUUGUUUGGUCUAGUAGAUUUGAGCCCUUCCAAGCCAAAGCAGCCAAGUACUGAUAAAAUCAAGUUCAUCAGUUACUUUCACUCAAUCCAUAUGUUAUUCUACAACUUUUGUGUUGGGUUUAUGUUUGAAGAGCCUUCAGAUGACUAUGCGGGUAUAAUAGCUGGAUGUGAGAAGGUUUUCGUGAUCUCAGAAGAAAGCUAUGGGAAGUUAUCUUUGAUCCAUGCUUACUUUUCAAUUGCAAAUGGGCAAAGCUCCUCAGACUUUUAUAGUUCAGUCAAUGAACUUGAAAGUCCCAACAGAGCAUUUCUACCAAAUAUGCAGGUGAUGUACGCAGUGAAAAAGGCGAACAACAAGAAGGACUUCAUGAUAAGAGUUACAGGUGAGGAACUAGAUGUUAAGUUUGUCUCUUCGUCCAUUGUUUUGAUUGAACAGACUUUGAAAUCAGUGGGGACAAUUGAAAGCUUAAAGAAGAAGAUCAGAAAAUAUCCAAAGAAACCACCAUCUACAGUCCCUCAGGAAGGGUAUAAGCUACCAUCAGAUGUGACUUCAAUAACCUGCUUCAUGAACUUUGCUGGUGGUCUAGUCAAACUAUACAGAUCAGAUGAUUUUGAGCUACUUGAAGAUCCGUACUCUCCUUCAUUUGAGUUGAGAACCCCUGCUGUGAAGAUAGCUGCUGAGUAUUCCAAAACAUCAGGUUUGAAAGAUCACCAUGUUAACUUUGAGGUUUUCACAUCUUCUUCCAAUAAUACUCUGUACUCCACUUGUGUUCCAGUUCUAAUGGAUAUCUGGCAUUCAGUUAAAAGUUUGGGUGGAAGCUCCAAAUCUUCAUCAUCUGUCCAAGUGAAGAAGGAUGAAGCAAGCUCUAUUCCAAAAGAUACAGAAUUUUUGAAGGUUUUAACAAACUUCCAUGUGAAUCUUGCCAUUCAUAUUGACAAGCAAGAAUUGAGCUUGAGUUGUGAGCCUUCUGCCAAGGUUCAAGCUGUUGUGGGUAUUGAAAGUAUUGAUAUUAGACUUGGUACGAAUGAUGAGGAUGUGACCCAACCAUUAUCAGGUAUAUUAUCCAUUGAGAAACUCGGUGCCUCCUUACAACAUAUUUACUCGAGAGAAAUCAGUGGAUCCGUCGAAGUUGACCAAUUGAUCAUAACAUUUUUAUUAACUGGGCCAGAAAAAUUGAAGGUUUAUGCUGCUGGUAAGAUUGAGAACGUCGCAUCAUAUGUUAAUCUGAAACAGCUUCAAGAUCUUGAUUUGUUCAAAGAUUUAUGGUUUCCAAAUGAGAAUCAUCCACACUCAUCAAGCAGUAGUUUGAGAUCUGUUGUUUCGAUAGCAAAUAGUGCACAUGACGAAAACCUUGUUUUGAGAUUUCAAAAUGUCUCAUCAUCUAGAGCAGUUCCUUGGAACUUUGAUUUUAUGAUUUUGAACGUCAAUUUAGAAGUUGAUUUGGGUCAAUCAUUAGGUAUUUUAACCUUGGAGCUAGAUAGAUUUUGGGCUGCAUCUAGAAAAAAGACUAACUGGGAACAAAACAUGGCUAUUGGAUUUGACACAAUCUCAUUGAAAUCUAAAGGUAGAUUGAGUGGACACUUGAGUGUGAAAAAUAUUAGAGUCCAUUCUGUUAUUCAGUGGUCAUUGGUUGGUGAUUCUUUUGAUAUCCCAUUAGUUCUGUUGUCGUUUGGUCUCCAAUCAAUUGAGGCUAAGGCAUCGUUUGACUACAAUGUGUUCCUCAUUGCUAGAAUUUUGAAUUCAUAUAUCACAGUCUAUAACCAGAUCGACAAAGAGAAAGUAUUACAGGAUAAGUUAGUUGCCAGUACCAUUUGUCAAUCAAUUGAAAUUUUCACCACUGCUUUGGCUGCUUCUAAUAUUUUAGAUAUCUACAACACCAUAUCCCGUAUUCGUCAGGAUAACAAAAGAUCAUAUAGGGAAGAUCUUAAGACUUCCAAAGCUGAUUCAGGAGAUCACAAAAAGUCAUUAGAUAUUUUGAAUGUCAUUGCUACACUAAGAACAGAAUUGGAAGUGAAGGUGGGUAAAUUUCUACUACAAGUAUAUCCUGGGUCAUUGUUGGAUUCUCAAGUUUUGAUCAUAGAUGUUGGUGGACUGACUGCCCAUUUUGAGCAAAAGUUGGUUGAAGAUAUGAUUGGCACAGACUUGAAGCUCAAACUUCACAAUACAUCAGUUGCGUUAUCAAGUUUUAGAAAACAGCUACCUGAAGAAUUAUUGACAGAAAUGAGCGUUGAGAAAUAUAUCAUUCAUGCCGCAACGGCUAAAGGAGGUAGUAUUUUCAUUUUCCCAUCAUUGGAGAGUGCAAUGCAAACAUGGCAAGCACCUAAAAGUAAUAUUAUCAAGUAUAAAUUCAAGAGUCAAUUUGGAGGUAAAGUUGAAGUUCGUUGGAAUUUGGGUUCAGUGAAUUUUAUUAGGGAGAUGUGGGCUACACAUGCGAGAGCGUUUUCAUCUCGUUUACAAAAACCUGUUGAUGUUGAUAACCCAAAUGUUCCUAUUUAUGAAGAUGUUAAUAUUGAAGAGAAAUUGAAAGAUGUUGAAUUGGAAGGGAAAUAUGUCUAUAUUGCGAUUGAAGCACCAAUAAUUGAUGCCCCUCAAUUGAGAGACCUUGGUGAUGCUACACCUCCGCUGGAAUGGUUUGGUUUGCAUAGACAAAGAUUCCCUGGAAUAACACACCAGUUUGUUAUUGUUGGUUUACAAAAGCUUGUUCAUGAGGUUGAACAGCAAUAUGGAAGAGUAUUAGGUAAAGCAUAG